GGUGUCGUCACCUGCCUGAAGUCAUGUUACUUGACCUGAGACAACAGCGAGCGGUUUUACUUUAAUUUUACUAACUUAUCCUUUAAUAUGAAAAUGCUGAGUUUACAUGUACUCCGCUGCGUGCAGCCAUACCGUGUAAGUCCGCAGUUGGGUACUCGGUGGUGCCUUGCACGAGUGGUACAGCCGUCAGUCGUCAGGUGCCUCAGGACGUCUAGCUCUGCUGCUGUUAGGAAAGAUAAAAUGCAGGUUCUUAAAGGCACCAGGUGGGCAGUGCUGUGCAAAGAAGGAAUUAAUAACGUUCCACUGAGUUCUGUCCCAAACAGAUGGCAGCGCUUUUGUUCAUCUUCUGCCAGGAGCUCUACUGAAGGAGAGCUAAUCUACACAGGGAACCUUGGAAAGGCUGUACUUGGGGUGAAGUUUUUCUCCUACUCCAGCAGCAUUUUCAGCAUCUGUGUGACUCCAUACCUCCUUCUCAAAACAGGCCUUGGCUUGCAUAGCUUGGCCCUGCAGGUAGCCAUCUUAAGUUUCCUGGGCUUCUUUACCUUUCUGACCCCUGUUCUCCUCCACAUGAUCACUAAGGGUUAUGUGGUGCGUCUGUAUUACAACAAGGGCACUGACACAUAUGCAGCUGUAACCUACAGUGCACUUCUAGUGGAGAAGGUCACUAUGUUUCAUCAGCGGGAUGUGAAGGUACCUGAUGUGAGCAAGAUGUUCACUACCUUCUAUGCUAAGGGGAAGUCCAUGCUGGUGAAUCCCAUGAUGUUUCCACUGCCUCAUGAUUACAACCACCUUAUGGGAUAUGACCAACCAUUCACAUUUGAUGCUGAUGAGAUCAAAAAACAGGACAGCAAUUGAUAACAUCAAAGGUCUUUCUUACACAAUGUGUACAUUUAUGUGAAUAUUUUUUUAUAUGUCUAGUCAAACAAAUAAAUCAUAUUCUUGGAGAGUCUGUAACUCAGCUAAUAUUCAGAAUCCCAGGUUGCUUUGUUUUUGAUUUUAUAGCUUAGUUAUAAAGCAGUGAUCCCAAUAAAAUGCUGUUUAUAUAUAUGUAUAUAGUUAUAUGCAGAGAUCUGUUUGACUGCUAAUGAAAACAUAAUAAAGGUAAAGU